AAUAUCAUGGCAGAAAACCAAGAAGAGAUGUCUCCAGUUGAGAUGAAAGUUGUGCGGCAAAUAGAGUAUUACUUUGGAGAUCACAAUCUUCCGCGGGACAAGUUCCUGAAAGAACAGCUGCAGCUCGAUGAUGGCUGGGUGCCUCUAGAGACCAUGCUUAAAUUUAACAGGUUGAAGUCGAUAACUACAGACAGCGGCAUCAUAGUUGCAGCUCUCAAGAAAUCCAAAACUGGCCUCUUGGAGCUCAGCGAAGACAAGACUAAGAUCAGGAGGUCCCCAGACAAACCCUUACCAGAACAGAAUGACGAAUACAAAGACGCGCUUAAACACAGAUCGGUUUACAUGAAAGGCUUUCCUCUGGAAACAACUCUCGACGAGAUUCAGGAAUGGCUGAAUGUGAAAGGCAACAUAGAGAGCAUUCAGAUGAGAAGAAACCUGCAAAGGCAGUUCAAGGGAUCAGUGUUCAUCUGUUUUGAAACAGAAGAGGCGUCCAAGCUGUUCUUGGAGCGUUCAGACACAAAGUCCUUCAAAGACAAUGAUAUGCUCGUGCUGUCCAGGGAAGACUACCAUGCAAAGAAAGCCGAAGAGAGGAAACUGUUCAAGGCAGAAACAAAAGCAAAAGCCAGACAUGAAAAGGAACAGAAGCAAAAGCAAACUGAGGAUAAAGAGAUGGGUCUGCUCCUGGAUGAACAGACUGGUUGCCUUUUGAAGUUUUCCGGAGAGCUUGAAGAUGUUUCAAGAGAGGACUUUCACGAAUUGUUCUCCGGGCAUGGAAAAAUAAAGUGGGUCGACUUCACGAGAGGGGCCAAAGAGGGCACCCUGCUUUUUGAUGGCAGUGCAAAGGAUGCCUUUGAAAAAGCAAAAGAGACCAGUGGCGGCGAGCUGAAAAUCAAAGACAACUCGGUUACGUGGCGGCUUCUCGAGGGAGAUGAGGAGAAAGAGGAACUCAAGAAGAUUAUUGAGGCUCAACAAGAGUCAUACAGCAGAUCAAAAGGCCGAGGUGGAAGAGGAAGAUCAGGGGGCAGAGGAAGAGGAGGCCGGAGGGGGAGAGGUGGCAGAGAUCAGAGCAGGCCUCACUACCAGGGGAAGAAAACCAAAUUCGAAAGCGAUGAUGACGACGAUGACGGUACGUUUGAGAACUUUUUUCCCCAAUUAUUUCUCUACAGGAUGUUGCCCCAGCUCCCCCAAAAAGACAACUGGAGGACGCCGAUGGUCCAGCAGCAAAAGUGGCCAAAACCGAAAAUGGAUCUUAAUGAUGAGGUCGUACCCUGA